CCACUAAAUCCCGUCGUCUCUCAGUCUCUCUCACUCACUCUCUCACUUACUCGCUCACUCUUUCCCGUCCCUGGUCGAGGAUCUGCGACGUAAAAAGCUGGUGUUGAAGAACAAAAACUCCAUAAGCACAGCGGGGUUUUCUUUGUCCGCCGGUAUCUCCCCGCCCCGCUUUUCCCCGGAGCUUGCCGUGUUGGCGGAUCCACUUCCGGCCGACCUCGCCCCCGAUCGAGGCGCAAACACCACAACUUUCUUCUCCUUCUCUCCUUUCCAAACACUAUCACGAUUCACGUCCAUCAUGUCCUGCCGAUCAACCUAAACCCAUCCUUGGCACCCUCCCAAGUCCACUCAGGUCACCUCACGCACAACUGUCUCCUACCUAGGAAACGGAACCGUUUCACGCCCUCACCUCACCCCCCCCCCCCCCCCCCCCCCCCUUCUUUCUGAACUCUUUUCUCUCUCUCGCUCUCGCUCUCGCUUCUUUCGUUAGCCCUUGGACAUAUCGAGAAGCGCGUCCAAAUCCCACAACUCUCACCCAUCUCAUUCCUCUCCCCUACCCUUCUCUCUGCCUAAUUCCACACAUCAUGCUCCGGGUCCCCACAGUCCCUCGAGCCGUCCACUGAAGACGGUCCUGUCCGCCAACUCCAGGAUCUCCCGUGCCCUUCUUCAGACUGCCGCUCUCUUAAAAACCCCUUUUCCCUUUCCCCUUCCCCUUCCCGAAUGGAGGCCGUAGAGUCUCCCAAUGCCACAUCUGAGUCUGGAACCCUCAGCCCGGCGCACUUCAACCAAUCACGCAAACGGAAGCUUUCGGGGUCCACGGAUCGUCCCACCCGCGAGUAUGGGUUGAUGCGAGACACGGGCAAGCAUGACACCGCACGCUUCGUCGGCAGCGGCAGCGGCAUUCACUUCAUCCGAGGCGUCUACGUGCGCCUCGCCCGCAAGUCCGCCCUCCGCACCACCACCACCUCCUCCAACUCCCAGUCCAGCAACAUCAACGACCUCGUGCCCGGCGAGGACGACCAGCUGCAGCGCGAGACCUCGUCGCGCGACGGCGACGAGCAGAACCUCUGGCACGACCACGAGCUGAUCCCGGACACGGAGCGCCAAGACGUCAACCCCUCGUUCGAGCAGCUCGUCGAAUGGUCCAGGAGCUACUUCGAGGCAUGGCACCCGACGCUCCCCUUCCUCAGCGCCCCGGAUGUGCUGGGCCUCUUCGAAGAGGUGAGCGCUGCCGGUGUUGCCUCGCUCGGUCACCUUGAGCGGUCCAUCGUCAAGUCCAUCCUGUCCAUCUCGCUGGCCGACAGUCGUCAGAGGGCCGCCUUUGCCCAGCCUCUGCCCGCCUCCCUCGUCUUCCGCACCGUCGAGGAGGCAAUGUCGGCCUCGCAGUUCGCCCUCUACCAGCCGGCGUCGGUCCAGGCCACCCAGGCCGCGCUCGCCAUCCAGCUGUUCCUCGUCUCCAUGCUGCGCCUGAACUCGGCCUCCCGUCUGGGCGGCUUGAUCGUCCGCAUGGCCUUCCACCUCGGCCUCCACCGUUGCCCCUCGAGGUACCCCUUCUUCACAAAGGAGGAGGCCCACAUGCGCCGGCGCGUGUUUUGGUGCAUAUACUGCACCGAGAGGUUCCUCUGCCAGGCCCUCGGCCUGCCCCUCGACAUCAGGGACGACGACGUCGACGUCUGUUACCCGGGCGAGGAGCGACACGGCGGCCUGCCCGGCGGCGGCGCCGGAGCCGGCGGCGAGGAGGACAACCGUCUGCAGCUGCUCACGUACCUGGCGAAGCAUGCGCGGAUCCGGGGUCUCAUCCUGGAGCUGAGGAACAAAUCGAUCCACUCGCGAGACGACACCGCGGACCGCGCGAGCUACGUCCAGGCGGAGCUGGCGAAAUGGUCCAACGAGAUCCACGACGCCGUCGAGGACGAGCAGGUGCAAGAGGAGAACGCUCCCCAGCCGCCCAUAUCCCCGGGCCACAGGGUGUUCCUGCUGCUCCUGAAGUACGAGUCCAUGAUCUCCCUCAACCGCCCGAUGAUGACCUCGGACCCGUCGAGCCCGGCCUACUCGGCCGGCUUGCAGAACUGCAUAUUCGCGGCCAAGUCCAUCUUCAUCUCGCUGAAGAGGUACCACAGCCAGAACAGGAUCCCAGCCGAGCCGACGAGCGCUCGCUUGCUCGAGCCGAUGCUCCAGCCCGCCUUCACGUGGGCGGUUUGGAUCAGUGCCUUUAUUCUCAUAUAUGCGGCCUUUGAGCGGCAACUGCCCUUGGCGAGUGCGUUGAAACACGUCGAGUCCGGUAAGGAGAUCCUGCGUCACAUCGCGUCCAGAGACACAUCGUGGCCCGAAUAUUGCCUGUCCGCAAUCGACGAGCUCACGGCGGCUGUGCGGGAGCUCUCGGCCCCGCCCGGUUCGCUUCGCCGGCAACCGAGCACGAGUAACCCGGCGGCGCCCCCGAACCACUUGCGUCCGGACAUGGGGCAGCCGGCCCGGCCCAGCAGCAGCUCCAACAGGCCCAAACCUUCCCAUCCACGGACGCGCUUCUCCCCCUCCGUUGCCGCCUCCACCGGCCGUCCAGACGACCAAGGCCUUGGCGCGCCGCCCGAUGGCACCACCAUGUGGCCGCCGCCGCAGAAUCAAGCCGACGGAUUCUCGGGUCCGGAUGACCAGUCGUCCGGCCGGUGGCCCACGCAGGCGUCGCCGGCAUCGGGCACUUCGGCCCCCGCGGCGGGAUGGACCGCCGGCACGCCAGGCGCCCAGCCCGGCUUCCAGGCCGCGGCCCAGCAGGACUCUCCCGGCUUCGAUGCCGCCCAGCCGUUCUCCAUAUCCCUGGCGGCGACGUCGUUCCCAUCGACGGGGGUCAACGCCACCGAGGCCGCGCCGGGGGAGGGGCAGGAGUCCAUGGUGUGGUACGAUCAGCUGUUUGCCAACUCGUUCGGCGCCAUCGACUACCCGUUCCUGGCGGCGGCCCAGUUCGACCCGUCCGUAGACCCCACGUGGUCGUACUUGAGGUGA